GUUUCACUAUACCUCAGAAUACGUGACAAUAAACAAAACUAAACCAAGUUGAGAGGAUUCUAGAACUCUUCCCCUAUAAAAAACUUUAGGUGCUGAGGGUUGAUUGAAAUUUUUGACUGACUUUAGCUUGAGGAGCAAAUCCCCAUCUUCCGUCUGGGCUGAAUGCAGCUUCCACACUGGUAUUGUAUGCUCCACCUUUCUUGCUGUGUGCAUCAGAAAAUGGCCAUCAUCUCGGCUCAGUUUUACAUUUUCUAUUCGUACAGUCUGCUGGGCAGUUUCACAGCCUCAUCGUUUCCAAAACAUUUUACCAAUAAACGUAAUGUGCCUCACUCCAUCAUGAACCCAUCUGUCUCGCCAUAUUAGAGAUAUUCUCUGAUCUCCAUCCCUCCCACGUCUUGGACCAAAUGUAGGCAAAUGAGGUUAACUUAGAUGGGCACCUUAGUCAAAGUUAGGCCAAGGGGCAUGUAUCCUUGCUGUAUGACUCCAUGACUUAUUGGUUGGGUUUAAGAGUCACAAAGACAAAGGAAGUGAAUGAAGUUGAUCUGAAGAUAAAGAUAUGAUCCGACUGAAUGGAGAUGCCGAUUCAAGGGGCUGAAUGUUUUAAGGUUGGACUUCAUUUUGAUGCCUGCACCCCUGAUAGAUUGACUAGAGCCAGAGAGAACAGAUCUGUCUGGGCCAGCUGGUUUUGAAGUGACGUUUGAUUAUUCAGUGUGACACCAGCAUCCAUCAACAACUAUACUGCAAUUGCCAAUCUGGGCUGUUUUUCUGUUAACAUCUGAUAUACUUUUUUUGAGAAAGCUGCUGGGAAAUGAAAAGAAAUUCAAAAGAUGGUGAUUUUCAGCAUUUCGUUAAUGUUAAAAGUUAUUCUAAUUUGAGAAAAUACGUCAACUUCUGAAGCCUGGAGCUGAACUACAGCCGGAAAUCUGUGCGAUCCACAGGCUGAAAUGAAUUUAAGAGGUUUCGCAAAAUUAAAAUGACUUCCAAGGGGCAAGCGGAGAAGGUUCGGAGUUUGGCAGUCAUUGAAGGCUUGCCGUCACUGCAGAGAGGCCAGGCACUGGAUCAUGAAGAGAAGGACUCUCUGUGCUCCAACUUUGUCUCGCGUUUAGAUUCUGGACUGGGCGCUGGGACAACGUGCUCAUCCAUGGAUGGGUAUGAUAAUGUCAACAUGGCUGUAGGUGUGUCGUUAACCAGGAGCUUGAAUGCACCCAGAGAGACUUCAGCCGGGGAAGUCUUUGGAAGACAAGUGGAAUUCGUCAAUGACAAAAGCAGCGAUGAUGCCAUGCCUUCAGAAGAAGGUGCAGCAAGUUAUGAUGAUGAGCCUGGUCUCUGCUCUGAGGAGGAUGUGUUGAACUUCACUUUCAAGGCCUGCGAUACUGAGGGCACAGGGAGAGUUGCAGCUUCGGUGAUCGUUCGAUACCUGCAGGAAAUGACAGGUCAGAGCCAGGAUGGCAGAUUACAGGUGCUGCACAAUAUGCUUGAUCCAGAACGAAAGGACAUUGCUAUUGAUCGAGGAGGCUUCCACUUAACGAUGAGAAGUUGGAUCGCAAAUUGCACGCAGGAUGGAUGCUUUCAAAGCGAUUGCACAUGUGCAAAAGGAACUGGUUCCAGUGCUACUCGAGAGGCUAGUGAAUUAAUCAACAACAUUGCAGAUCUAAAAUAUGCAAACAGGAAAUUGCGAGAUCAGAACAGCAGCCUCCAAAAAGCCUUGGAAGUGUCGGACGAGACGAACCUGCAGUUGUCGAAGGAACUGACGAAGCUGAAGAAUCAUCUGAUGAGUUCUCAAAGGACGAUACACAGCUUGCAAUCCGUGGUGGAAGAGUUAGAAGAUGCAAGGAGUGCGGGAAGAGAGGCACGGGAGAGAGUUCAUCAGCUGGGGACAGAAUGCAAAGAGCUGAAGAAGGAGAACGAGGCUCUGGUUGCACAGCUGUGGUCAGCAUCUGGAAAGAUUGAAAAGAUGGAGAGGGACAAACGGCAGCUGAAGUAUCGGAUAGAUGAACUGCUAACCCAAAAUGCUGACAUGACUAAGCAGAUCCAUGAGGCCCAAAACUUGUUGAUUUCUAAAGAUGCUUUAAUCUUUGAGGAAAAUAUCUUGAUUGAAGAACUAAAGAUGUCCAAGGCAAAGAGCUGUAAGGUGAUCGAGGGCCUGCGGGCUGAAUUGAAGAAAUCACAAGGAAAGAUUUGCCAAGAUUUGUUCAGCUGUAAACUGGGUGUCUGGAAAUCCUCACCUGGACUUCCCCCGAAUCGUGCUGUCUGGUUUCCAGCCUCCCUGCAGCAGGAAAUACGAGAGAGUCAGAAGGAGGAGGGGUUCGAAACGCUGCCUGACCCUGUUUGUGGGCUGAUGCCGCAACAAGACCAUGGAGACCAUUUCCAGGAGAUCCUCAGUCACAUAAAGGCCAAGAGACAUGGCUUCCUAUUCCGGAGGACAGUCAACGAGAUGGUAGAUCAACUGAAUGUCCAUGCUGCGGCCUUCAUGACUUUGCUUCGAACGGACUAUGGACAGCAGCUGAAUGUCCAGGAGCUGAGAAAAGAACUGGAACAGACAAUUCAAGCUGUUGUGCAGAAGCUUCACCUCUUGGCACCAAUUAAGGAUUCUUGGGAUGAAUCGAUGGAGGUUCUGGAAGGCGCUUGCAUGCAGUGUCAGCAACAAUACCUCAACAUCAAACACAAACUGGCCGACACGAUCCGGGAGCUGGAACUUGAGAAUGUUCUCAGAAAAGAGGCCGAAGAGCAAGCAGUUGUGGCAGAAGAGAGGGCCGAGGAAGCCAUGCUUGAGGCAGAGGCCAUCAGAACCCAAUCACUUGGAGCCUCGAAGCUGGACGAGGCCUGGGAAGAUGUGGCUGCUCUGGGGCGAGAUGUUGAAGUUCCUACCCUGGAAGUGGAUGGAAGAUCACUGACCUCCAACCGGAAUGAAGAAAAGUUGUGUCCUCUGGAGCUACAGGUCUGGCAGCCGGUCAACGAGGCCAAGGCAGAGGCCUUGGAGAAGAUGGCAGCAGCCCUGGAUGCAGCUGAAGCGAGAGUGAAGGCCUGGAAGGCCAGGGCCAGUGAGGCAGAGAUGAGGGUGGUGGAGAUGGAACAGGCUGUUGCAGCUGCUGGGGUAAAAGCAGACACUGAAGGAGAUAAGGCCUUGCUCUACCUGGCAGAGGCAGAAAAGCUGAAGGGGGAGAUCGAGAGCCUGAUGAUGCAGGCUGAGGAGUCAACCAAAAGGACGUCUGCCAUGGAAGAGCAAAUGGCCGAGCUCAGUCAGAUGCUAUCAGCAGCAGAGCUAGAAGCCUCUUCAGCUCAGCACAGAGCUGUGCUGGCAGAGGAGGGACAAUUGGUUGCCUUGGCCACGAUCCCGAGAGGUGACAGCCAACGGAAGAUAGCAGCUGAGCAGGCAAUGGGAACCCACCCAUCUGGAUCCAGCCCCAGCCACAGCACCAAGAUGUUUGUUGGAGACCUCCAAUCUUGUCCAGGCUCUGAGAAGAAUGUUGCUAACGAGGGAGCAGCCCAGCCACCAUGCGAGGCAGCAGAUGAAGCAAACGACAGCAGCGCUAACAGGAAACAGGAACCAGAUGUGCAGCAUUUAUCUCAGGAGACUCUCGGGCAGUUACACCACCACGGCCCGUGUCCCCUCGCUGGACGGUGCAAGGGUCAUGGCAGCUCAGGACACUGCCCUUCUCUGCUCGAUGCCCUUAAUCUAGAACAUAGCUGGAGUUGCCAGCCAUUUGGAAUCCAGAAGCACUUUAGACCAUCGUCGUUGGGUCGACAUCGAGAGGGAGCAGAGAAACCUUCACCAUCAGAGGAGCACCGGACUGAAGCGGGAGAGGCACAGACCGCAGCCAGGAACAUCUUGGGCGGAACCAAGUCCCUGAAGGCAGAUGAGGAGCAAGCACUGAGCCCAGAGGCUGAAGCACAGCUUCCUGCCACCACUUUGCCAGAAGAAGAAGAUUCUGCCCCGAUCUCCUCCUUGCGGCUGCUGCUCAGCAACUUCACUCUACCGGGGCUCGACCCCCCCUGCCGUUCCGCUGGCUCUUCAACUCGCGGUCCUCGCUGUACUGUAGCUCCCAGCAUGCCCACCCUUCCUGAGGAGGAGGAAGGCACUGAGCACCGGGACACAACGCAGAACUCUAAGCCCAACCUUCCAGGCGCUGGAACAAGGAUGAAUACAACACCAGCAAUUGUUCUACCAGAGGUCUUCAACACUUCGGACAGGGAGAGUGACCAAGCCGCUCACAUAAGGUGCCACAGUCCCGUUCAGAGAAGGUCCAGCAGGAACUCCAGGGCCUCCUCGUCUUCAGCAAGUUCCCUCACCUCUGUCGAUGGAGAUGGCCACGUGUACAACCUAGUAAACGAUGAGCUGCCGGACAUGGAGCUGUCGGACGAAGAUCGGAAGAAGAACACGGAUCUGCUGGAGGAGGCGAAGAAGCUCAGUGAGAGGUUCCUCAGCCGCCGUUCUCGCCGCUCCAGAUCCAGCGCCUCUGACUCCCCACCAGAGUUGGACGUGCCAGUGGUCCGAACAAUGGUCGUACCGUCGCCCCAGGCUGGGGAGGAACCCCCUCCGUCACCCGUCAGGGACAAGGACAUGAAGCAUUUGGAAGUCCCUCGAACAAGAGAGCAAGACACUCAACUAAAAUCAGAGAAAGACACCAGAAAAUUAUCUCCAGUCAGGAAGACCAUCGAAAGCAGACAAGCACCUCCAGGAACGAUGGGUUCACAGGUCGUUCCUUCAGGAAAGGUCGUGGCUGUCUCAGUUCAACGUAAAGACCUGGAACUCAGUGCAUGUAGGGAGUCCAAGAGUGACCAUGGCUCACAUACCAAAGGGUCAGAGGAUGCUUUGGCCAGCCCUACCAAGCUGAGAGGUCCAGAACGCAAGGCAUUUCCAGCAAGUCCCUGUCAGGCUCUGAUUUCUGACUUCGAAGCACUGAAAACAGGCACGGAACUAGCCUCCGCUCGUGCCAGGAUGCCCUGCAGAGCUGAAAUCAAAUCGUUGAGCUCGCAGCCUCUUCUGCGCGCCGUUUCCUGGGAAUGCUUGGAGCUGGAUGGGGAGCUGGAUGAAUCGGCAAGCCUCCCUGACCAGACAGCCCAGAGCUUUGGCUUCGACGAUGUACUUGACGCCAACCAACUUAAAAGCUUUAAUUGCAAGGAACUGCCCGGCCAACCAAAGCUGCAGAAGCUCACCAAACUCCGAGAGGAGAAUAAACUGAUGCGGAACCAAACCCUAGCCGGACAGAGAUUACCCGACCUCAGUGAGAUAAACGAACAGGAUAGAGGUCCGUCUCCCGUCCCAAGCCCAGCGGUGGAUGGCAGCUGUAACAUCACCCCCAGCAUCCCUGACUCACUGCUGCGUAAGCUGAAGGUGCAGAGAUCACUGUCCGCAGGAUUACCCCCUUUGACCGAGAAGGAGAUCGAGAACACAUUCAUUCAGCUGUCCCUGGCCUUUAAGAAUGACAGCUACACUCUGGAGACGAGGCUGGGACUUGCGGAGAGGGAGAGGAACUUGGCUGAGGACAACACAGAGAGGGAGCUGGAAAACUUCAAAUCAGAGUUGAAGUUCUCGUCCUCGCUCUGGGUGCAGUCGGAGCUGCGCAAUGCCCAGGAGAGGUUGCUGGAGACAGUGGGCGUUCUACAGCGCCUGGCUGUCAGACUCUCCGGACGGGCAGAGAUGGUGGGGGCCGUCCGACAGGAGAAGCGGAUGUCCAAGGCCACCGAGGUGAUGAUACAGUACGUGGAGAACCUGAAGAGGAUGUACGAGAAGGAUCACGCCGAGCUCACCGAGUACAAGAAGCUGGCUAACCAGAACUCCAGCCGGAGCUACAGCCCGUACGGAGACGGCAGCGACGACGGAGUUCCCAGGACAGCCCGUUCCAUGUCGCUCACUCUCGGGAAGACUGUGCCGCGCCGGAGAGUGAGUGUGGCAGUGCUACCGAAGUUUAUCAACUUUCCAGGACACCCACCCAGCAGCUCCAUGAUGCCCACCGUGGCUUUGAUGGAGUCACAGAGUAGCACUGAAACCAACAGCUCGAACUCCACCAGUAACGCCGGCAGCUCCAUCACCACCAGCCCCAUCACCACCAGCCCCAGCACCAUUCCCAGCAGCUCCAGCAGGAUUGGCCUGCACUCCAGCCCCAUGCUGAGUCCCCUCGUAGAGACGAAGCAGAACGGUGAUAAAGAGGUGGAGCGGCCGGUUACGGGAGAUAUCCAGCCUCUCGCUGCGGAAGUAGCCAGCACGGUGACCAAAGCCAAGAUUGAGGAGGAUGCGUUUAACAAAGGUUACCAAGAAGGUUUGAAAGCCCAACUCAGCCAGGAGCGGAAGGAGUCACGGCAGGAGCCAGGGAAGGAGGAGGGGUGGAGCGAGGAGGCACCCACACCGUCCAGCUUCACCGAAGGAAGGAAGAGCAGUAAGUUUGAAGAGGUCUCAGCGCUAAUGGUCAAGCUGUGCCCGAGGCCGUUGAAGCAUCGCUGUGUGAUCUGGAUCGUGGCCAUGAUGGUUCUCCUCUUUGCCGUCCUCGUCAACAUCUUCAGCUCUCAGCGUAGUCCGUGCGAGGACACUCCCAGCACGCCCGGUGUGAAAGGCUCCUGUCCCUCGGCCCACGGCUCCCCCUGGCCUUUCUCACGACUGUGGCGCAAGAACCGGGCGCAGGCAUGACGGACGGAGAGGCCACUGCGGCCGGCACCUCGAGCACAAGUCAUUCCACAGGUCAGGGGGAGCAGCAGCAAUGUGGACAGCAAGGACUGUGCCACAGGUGGACACUGUUGACACCUACUGUCGAACAAACCUGUGUCUGCUGCCUGGCAACUACAGUGCACCGUGACAUUGCACUCCGAGAUAUUCCAACCACUUCACGGAUCCAUUUCACAGGCAUUUAAUGGGUUUAUCGUUUGUUAUGUGUUUGAGUCUCAGUAAAAACUCAGACCUCCGA